AUGGUGGCGUGUUCUCUGAGCCGUGUCUCCUCUCUCGCAGUGAACGGUCUCCAGGCUCGCACCUUCGGGAUCUGGACGCUUCUCUCUUCCGUCAUUCGCUGCGUCUGCGCCAUCGACAUCCACAACAAGACACUCUAUCACCUCACCCUGUGGACCUUCAUCCUGGCCCUGGGCCACUUCCUGUCCGAGGUCUGGAUCUACCGC